AUGACUAAAAAGAGAACUACAAGAAAUACAAAACGCUCUAUAACUAAAAAAGGUUCUACUAGUACUUUACCUCUUAACAUUGAAGUUGAAACUACUUCAACUGUAUCUACUCUUGCAAAUACAACUUUUCCAGAAAUACCUUCUGUAGUCAUUGAUGAUCUUGAGUCAGAGAUGUCGGAAAAGAGGCCAUCUUCUACCACAGAAGACCAAAAUUCAGCGCUUAAGACAUUACUUACUUCUAAUGAUUUGGUACCAUUAUUUGCUACGUUUUUUAAAGCAAUGGUUUCAAGCAUAUCUGCAGAAUCUGCAGAAAAACUGAUGAAUACCGAUCCCGACCAUAGUAAUACAACUCCGAGUAAUAAUAAUCGGCUUGCAACUUUAUUUAUAAAUGAGUCUAAGGUUCUCUUUCUUCGUAUACGAAAGCCACCUCCAGAACUGAUUUUAACAUUGGCCAGGGAAUGUGCACGACAUCUUGAAAUUACUGAACUAGAUGCUAAUAAAGCUAAGCAGAAAGGUUGUGGAUGGUUCGCUACAUGGAGAGUACGAUUGUAUAAUGAAUGUACUGAAUUGGCCUUUAGUUUCUUAGACAAUUAUAAAUAUAAUAAUUCUACAAAAGGACAACGUGCGGGAUGGAGAAAUGCUAUGUUAAGUGAUUUGCAUUCUCUUGAUCGUAUUACAAUUGAUAUACGUGUUAUUUCUGAAAGUGGGGUAACACUAGCACAAAAUUUGAAUAUUCGUAGUUAUGUAUCUUUGUAA